AUGGCUCCACGAAGCAAUUCGCUUUCUGAUCAGAAAGACAUCGAGGCCGUUCACCUCGACAAUGUCAAUACGGCCAACACCUACAAUGGAAUCUCCGCUGAGGACCUCGAGUUUGUCGCCAACUUCCCCGAAGAAAAGAAGAAGAAGGUUUUGGCAAAGAUCGAUUGGCGAUUAAUGCCCAUGUUGGCUAUUCUGUACCUUGUCACAUAUAUCGACAAGGCAAAUAUCGGAAAUGCAAAGAUUGAAGGAAUGUUGCCGGAUCUUAAGAUGAACGGAGAGCAAUACAACAUUGCUCUGUCCAUUUACUUUAUUCCUUACAUUCUGGCUGAGGUUCCUAGCAACAUGAUUCUCAACAAGUUCGCCAAGCCUUCUCAGUAUAUGGCUACCAUCAUGUUUAUCUGGGGUAUUGUCGUGGUAUGCACUGGCUUGAUUCACAACUUUGGCCAACUUUGUGCCAUUCGUAUUCUCCUGGGUCUCUUCGAGGCUGGAUUCUUCCCUGGCGCUAUCCUUAUCAUUUCUAAAUGGUACCUCCCAAACGAGACGCAAACACGAGUCGCCCUUCUAUACACUUCAGCAGCCACAGGUGGCGCUUUCUCUGGACUGUUUGCAUAUGCAAUUGCCAAGAUGGACGGAGUUGGUGGCCAAAGCGGCUGGCGAUGGAUCUUCUUCAUUGAGGGCAUCUUCACAAUCGUCAUGUCCUUCGUCACAUACUUCUUCCUUAUCGAUUCGCCCACGCUUUCAUACUGGCUCACCGAUGAGGAGAAGCGCUAUCUUACCCUCCGACAAGCUUCGAGACGAGUCACCAACUCAGGCGAAUACCGAGAAAAGACAUUCGACAAGGGCGCACUAUUCUCUGUCAUCAAGGACUGGAAGAUUUACCUUCUUACAAUCAUGUCCUGGUCCAACGCUGCGCCCAACUACGGUCUCAAGUUCUCCAUGCCCUCCAUCACCAAGGGUAUGGGUUUCUCAUCAAGCAACGCCCAGCUCAUGACCAUUCCUCCAUACAUGUGCGGAGCCAUUUCUUCAUACCUCAUUGCACGAACAGCAGAUCGAUGCAAGUGGAGAAUGCCCUUUAUUGUCGGGCCCCAACUUUGCAUCAUCGUCGCUUUCUCAAUCUUGAUGACCAAGGCUGAGUUCAUCACCGAGAAUCUCGGAGUUUGUUACUUUGCAGUUUGUCUUGCUUGUUCAGGCAUGUAUCCUAUCUUGCCAGGUGUCAGCGCAUGGAACAUCGACAACACUCUCAACCCUACGAAGCGAGCCAUCAGUAUCGCAUAUUUGGCUUGUGCGGGUACAAUUGGUGGAAUUUACGGCAGCUACAUCUAUAUCGAGACCGAGAAGCCCAAGUAUACCACUGGUUAUGGAGCCUCUUUGGGAUUUGCCGUUGCUGGUAUUCUAGCAGCCGUCACUCUUGAGUCGGCUUUGACGUUUAUCAACAGGAAGAGGGCCAAGAUGAGUGAGACUGAGAUCCGAAGCAAGUAUACGGAUGAGCAGCUUGAGGAUAUGGGCGAGAACAGCCCUCUUUACCAAUUCAAGCUGUAG